CUUUUAUAUUAUUGAUCUACUAAUUUAACCAAAGCAGCCUGAAAGUAUGCAUGUUUUUCCUCGCAUAGCCAAAACAAAUCAAGAUAAGUUGGCUGAGAUUCUGGAGUGUCCAGACGCUCGUGGCUCUGAGUAAACAAGCUAAUCAGUCAGUGAUAAGCUGGAUCGCCGGGCCAGAGGCAAAUCGGAAAAAACAGCUCAGUGCGUUUGAGACUUUUGGAUCGAGAUGCGAUCUCCAGCGCUGUUCGUGGGAUUUUUGGUGCUCCUGGUUCUGCUGCUCGGCUCCUCGUGCAGCGCCACCGGAAAGGUGAUAUACUUCAACCAAUUAAACACCACUCAAUCCAGGGAGGCGGCCAAGAACAACACGGAUGCCCUCGGCAAGGGAAUGCUCUUCGAUGUGCGGGGAAACCGAUGCCAUCGGGGAUUCACACGCGAUCACCACGGGCGUUGUAGAAGGAUUGUCUAAAAAUGGCAUCGUCCAGUUGGCUAAGUUAAUUUUACAUUUGUGUUUACUUUAAGUCGGUGCGUCUUUAGAGAUUCGAGUGAAUUUCCAACUGUCUGGAGUUGAUUUAAAUAUCAUAUGACAGAUAACGAAAAGUAAGGCAAAUAAUGAUUGGCUUUGCUUGGUAACAGAAUCUCGGGUUCGGAAUACUUUAUAAUUUUUUUUUCAAACACUAAAUAAAUUUAUUUAACUUCAAUUUGUUUCUAAGGAUGAAUAAAACGUGAAUAAUGACAAUCGGAA